AGGUGUAUUAAGUCUCCUGAGUUCAUUUGCUGUUUGCACUGCAAUUGAGGAGUUUCUCUUUGUUCUUGAGUGUGUUUGGUUCUCCACGAUCUUGUGGUCCCUGUUGCUACUUGCUGCUCCUUGAGAUGAGCUUUAGUGCCUGAAGCUGCUGGUACAUCGGGCCAACGUGUGAGGCAUGAUUUGAUGAAACAGCCACAGGAAAUACUGGAAUACUGGACUCAUCAUUGUGCAGCAUCCUCAGGAAUCCAGAUGCCUGCCUCACUGUAGCAAAUGAGCUGCCUCUCCUGAUGGAGUCGAAACACUCUUUGAAGUUAUCUAGAUUCUCAUAGACAGUGUUCACAAUUAUCCUGUUAAAGUUCCAUAUUAGGGGUAAAGCUCUUGGCAGCCUAUAUGCAAUAAUCUGGUCAAGAAUACUAGUGUGUUUGGGUGACUGGAUAAAAAACUGGAAAUGCUCCCCAAAUCAGAAAAACAUUCUCGCUGCUGGAAAGCGAAGUGGUUUGCUGCAUAAUCAAAUUCAGCUGGUGUACAAAGCGAUGCAUGAUCAUCUCUCCAUCCUGCCUGCCUGCCAUCCUCUGUUACAGUGUCUCCCUGGUUCAAGCCACACAGCCGACCUAAGCCUUGUUGUGCAACAGCUGUUCAUCUGCUGCCCUUGCCUUCACGUCUUCAUUUGCAAGCUUUACCUUCCAGUAACCAACAAACUCCCUGAACUGAGCCACUGUCUCUGCUGUCUGCAUUUGGGAACUAAACCUGACACAACAUGUAGCAAAACCUAAUCCAUGUAUGUAGAAAGACAUGGUGUUUGUCCAACGGCAAUGUUGGCUAAGCUUGGAUUGGCUGGUAUGGAUUUGGGGGGUAGGACUUUGGACAGGUCAAUCAUACAAUCUUAUGACUUCAUCUAUAAUACAGCAUCUUCACAGGGGACAUUUAUCACUUUCUGUUUUGGUGAAAGUGAGUCAUACUGUAAAUGAUACCUGGCCUAAAGUAUGAAGGUAAAAUCAUGGCUGAACAUGUUAAAUAACAUUCACAAUUGACUUGCAGUAAGAGGCGGAGCAAAUCUGGAAAGACAGGAAUGUUCAGCUUCACUUUGCUGAAGUGCAUGUAAAAGGAACUCAGCAACAUCAUUGUUGCAUCCGGCGCAAGUCUCUUUUUCUUUCUCCAAAGAAUAUACAACAAACCUCAUUUGGCCUUUUUUCAACAGCACAGAAGAGUCUGAUAUACACAAGUGAGUACAGCAGAUAAUAUAAUUCACUAUGUUUGAACAGGGAGGAGUUAUUUAACUGAACUGCAGCUACAAUGUUACCCUGUUUUCAUUUUGUACUGACAUUUGUGCAAUUUAGCUAAAAAUGUUUUUGAAUAUUCUACCAAACUAAUACUGAUUCUAUGAAAGUAUUUAUGAAUUAUAUCAGUGUUAAAAUGACAUACUUUCACUUUCAGUCUAGAAAUGUCUACUCCCAGCAGUCUGCUAUCUGAAGAUCAGUUCCUGUGCUCCAUCUGUCUGGAUGUGUUCACUGAUCCAGUCAGCACACCAUGUGGACAUAACUUCUGCAAAACCUGCAUCACACAGCACUGGGAUGCUAACACCCCGUGCCAGUGUCCCAUGUGUAAAGAGGUUUUUAAACAAAGACCUGAGCUGCGGGUCAACACUUUCAUAUCUGAGAUGGCUGCUCAGUUCAGGAAGUCGUCUCAAAAGAAAGCCAGCAGCCGCUCAGACCAACAAUGUGCCAAACCAGGAGAAGUUCCCUGUGACGUCUGCACCGGGACCAAACUGAAGGCCCUGAAGUCCUGCCUGGUGUGUCUGGCCUCCUACUGUGAGACUCACCUGGAGCCUCAUCAGAGAAUCACAGGCCUGAAAACACAUCAGCUGAUUGAUCCUGUGGACAGCCUGGAAGGCAGAAUGUGUAAGAAGCACGAAAAACAACUGGAGAUUUUCUGUAAGACUGACCAGAUGUGUGUAUGUCUACUCUGCAGUUUUUCAGACCACAAGUCACAUGACAUGCUUCCUCUGAAAGAAGAAUAUGAAGGAAAGAAGGCUGAGCUGGGGAAGACAGAGGCUGAAAUUCAGCAGAUGAUCCAGAAGAGACGAGUGAAGAUUCAGGAGAUCAAACGAUCAGUGGAGCUCAGCAGGGAAGAUGCAGACAGAGAGAUAGCAGACAGUGUGCGGGUCUUCACUUCUCUGAUGCAGUCUGUUGAGAGAGGCCAGGCUGAGCUCAUUGGCAUGAUUGAAGAGACGCAGAAAACAACAGAGAAACAGGCUGAAGGCUUCAUCAAAGAGCUGCAACAGGAAAUCUCUGAGCUGAUGAGGAGAAGCACUGAGGUGGAGCAGCUCUCACACACUGAAGACCACCUUCACCUCCUCCAAAGCUUCCCGUCUCUCAGUGCUCCUCCACACACCAAGAACUGGACAGAGGUCAGAGUCCAUUGCUCAUCAUAUGAAGGGAGUGUGAGGAGAGCUGUGGCUCAGCUGGAGGAGACGCUCAGUAAAGAGAUGAAGAAGCUGUGUGCUGAUCUUGAGCUGAGGAGGGUCCAGCACUUUGAGGUGGAUGUGACUCUGGAUCCUGAUACAGCACAUCCUGCUCUCAUCCUGUCUGAUGAUGGGAAACAAGUAAAUCAUGGUGAUGUAAAGAAGAAUCUCCCGAACAACCCAGAGAGAUUUUCUCCUUGUCCCUGUGUCUUAGGACAGCAGAGUUUCUCUUCCGGAAGAUUUUACUAUGAAGUUCUAGUUAAAGGAAAGACUAAGUGGGAUUUAGGAGUGGCCAGAGAGUCGAUCAACAGGAGGGGACAAAUCACACCGAACCCCAAUCAUGGCUACUGGACCAUAUGGUUGAACAAUGAAAAUGAGUACGAAGCUCUUGUUGACCCUCCUGUCCGUCUCUCUCUGAAAUCUCAGCCUCAGAAGGUGGGGGUGUUUGUGGAUUAUGAGGAGGGUCUGGUCUCCUUUUAUGAUGUAGAUGCUGCAGCUCUUAUCUACUCCUAUACUGGCUGCAGCUUCACUGAGAAACUCUACCCAUUCUUCAGUCCCUUUGUUAAUGACGGUGGUAAAAACUCAGCCCCUCUGAUCAUCUGUCCUGUCAGUCAUGCAGAUUAGUCUAAUUGUUAGACUUUCUCAGAAAGAUUCAUUGCAAUUUAUUCAUUGCUAAUGAACAGACUUUUUUCUUUGUGAAAGGAAAAAAAAAAAAAAAAAAAAAAUCCAUAGUUUU